AUGUGCCUCUGUAACGUCACCAAGAAUGAGGAACGCGUCGAAGAGAAGAAUUUACAAUUCGACGCCAGCAAGACCCCCAUCGGGAGUGAUACCGCUACCCUUCGCAACCUCAACACUAAAAAGACUGUUGCAGUCCAAGAUGACAUGGAGGAAGAGCGAAUGCUUAAUAUUUUCGACAGAUUUAAAAACGUUUUCAAGGGCUUUCAGAAGGACCCCGAACUCACCACGCCCCUACUGAAGGACCUCAAACUCACCACAUCCCUGCAGGAGGACUCCGAACUCACCACGCCCCUGCAGAAGGACCUUAAAACUGCCACGUCUCUGCAGAAAGACUCUAAAACUACCAGGUCCGAACAGAAGAUGUCAAAAUUAAGACCAGUUCGAGACGAAGAGGAAUCUUAUCCUUUUGGAUAUUGGAUGGCUAUGUUCGGCGGUGCUGGCUUGUUCCUGAUUAUCGCUUUCAUUGCGUCAUCUACACUCAUAUCAAAGAUGUGA